AUGGACACCGACGAGGACGUUGGCCUUGAAGAGCGCCUGAAAUCCGCCCUCUGGUUAUCUAUUGGGAAGAUCGUGGACGAGGAAACAAUCAAACUCGGCGUCAACGCCACUCCCCAAUUCAUCGGCGCUUUGACCGAGCUCGUCUGGGUUCAAAUAGAAACCGCGAGUCAGGAUCUAGAAAGCUUCGCAAAGCACGCAGGUCGCUCAACAAUUAAUGUAUCAGACGUGAUGAUGCUUGCACGCCGUAACGAAGGGCUUGAGUCUAUAUUAAGAACAUUUGUCGAUCGACAGCGCGAGCAGGAGCAGCAG